GCAUUUGAGAAAACGAGAAAAACCAUUGAACGUUUGCAAUAUUUCUAUUCUAAGACUCAUGCGUCUACGGUCUAUGCGGUCACAUUUGCUCUUGUCGCUGGGGACAGAAUAAUGAGAGCAAUGAAAGAAAGCCUUGAAAGGGACGAUUCGAACAUCUAACACAUCCAUUUUGAGAAUCUGCCAGCUAAGGAUGUCCGUAAUGAGGGAACAGCGUGUCCAGUGAGACUUGCAAACUUGCUUCCUGUAUAUUUUGUUAGAAGACGCCAAAAUGAAUGUCAGACUUGCUGCACUUUCUCCUCCCUUGUUGAGGACUUUAAUGGUGCUGCAGUUGGCCUCCUCUGUUUGGUCAACCUGGCCAAGUGAUCCUACAGAUGUUGGUCGAGACUGGGACAAUCAGCUGGAGGCUUCAAUGCAUUCACUCUUCCCUGAGGUCAAAGAGACUGUAGCACCAAUGACUGGGAUUCCAGACAGCUCUGCUGUAGUUGGCAGACCUUUCAGGAUAGUAAUUCCUACUGAAUUCAUUACCUCUCCUGAAGAAUCCAUUAAGAUUACUGAAGUUGGAAAGGAAACUUUACCAUCAUGGUUACACUGGGAUCUGACUGUGCUGGAAGGUCUUCCUCUUGAGGGUGAUAAAGGAUUAUAUGACAUUUCUGUGACUACAUUGCUUCAAGCACCCAAUGGCAGUUAUGUACCACAUACCACUGAUGUUUUCUCCAUAGAGGUUCAUCCUGAGGACCACAAUGAACCACCAUCUAUACGCUUGGCUGGACAGGAAACAAAUGAAGCUACUCCUUUUCUUUGCGGAGCCGAUGAACCAGUUACUAUUCUAACUGUAAUUUUGGAUGCAGACUUGACCAAAAUGACACCAAAACAGAGAGUGGAUCUUCUAAACCGAAUGCAAGACUUCUCUGAAGUAGAACUGUAUCACAUGAAGUUAGUUCCUGUUGUCAACAACAGACUUUUCGACAUGUCUGCUUUCAUGGCUGGUCCAGGAAAUGCCAAAAAAGUAGUUGAAAAUGGGGCUCUGCUCUCUUGGAAACUUGGAUGUUCUAUGGAUCAGAAUAGUGUUCCAAACAUUAGUUCUGUUGAAGUUCCAGCAAAAGAAGGCACAAUGUCAGCCCGACUUGGUUAUCCGGUAGUAGGCUGGCACAUAGCUAAUAAAAAGCCUCACUUACCUAAGAGGGUACGAAGGCAAAUUUAUGCUACACCAACACCAGUAACAGCAAUUGGACCACCUACUACAGCAAUUCAUGAACCCCCCACUCGAAUUGUUCCAACUCCUACCUCACCAGCCAUUGCUCCUCCCACAGAUACAACUGCUCCUCCUGUUCGCGAACCUGUACCUUUACCAGGGAAACCUACAGUUACCAUAAGGACCAGAGGAGCUAUUGUUCACACUCCAACUCUAGGCCCUCCACAACCCACAAAAGUUUUGGAAACCACAAGUGUGAUACCUGGUCACAUUCGGCCAACUAUAACUAGGCCUGGAUAUUUAGAACCAACAGCUGUGGUCACACCCCCAUCUACUACAACAAAAAAGCCACGGGUGACCACAAUGAAACCCGCCACACCAUCUACUACAGAUUCUUCAACAACCACAACAAAGAGGCCUACCAAAAAGCCAAAGCCCCCUAAACCCAGGCCUCACGUUACUACCAAAGCACCAACCACUAAGGUUGAGACUACUUCUCCAAGCCGUCCUCGGGUAUCAACCAGUGGUGUGCCACGGGUACUUGAACCCAACACAGAUCCUGAACUCAAAAAUCAUGUUGAUAAAGUUGUAGCAUGGGUUGGUACCUAUUUUGAAGUUAAAAUUCCACCUGACACAUUUUAUGAUAAAGAAGAUGGCACAACAGACAAUCUAAGGCUAACUUUAGAACCUCGGAAGAAACCAAGCCUUGGAGAGCGAAUGUGGGUAAUCCUCAACAGUACUAGUCAAGUUAUGUAUGGUAUGCCGGAUCAUGGGCAUGUUGGAGACCAUGAGUAUUACUUGAAAGCUGCAGAUAAAGGUGGUCGAACAGCUGUUGAUGCCUUGGAAAUACAAGUUAGAAAUCUAUUCCAAAAGGAACCACCCCCUGUAAAAUUCAGUGCCAAAUUUCAAGAGGACUACAAUUCGGUAGUCAAUGAUAUUAAUAAGAAAAUACUAUUGGUUAAAAAACUUGCUAUAGCAUAUGGUGACCGAAAUAGCAGCUCUGUUACUCUGCAGAAUAUCACAAGGGGAUCUGUGGUCGUAGAAUGGUCUAACAACACCUUCCCUGUAGAUCCAUGUCCAAAAGAACAAGUUGAAGCAGUUAUGAAAAAAAUGUAUGAUGAUCAAGGGAAACCACGACAACAUUUUGCCCAUGCCAUGGAGCCAGAGUUUAAUCUCGUAAAUAUGUCUGUUGCAUUCACAGGGAGCUGUAAACACUUGUAUAAAUUCUUUCCAUUUAUACCUAUGGUACCAGAUAAAAUUGAUCCUGCUGUGGGCCCCACGACUGCUGCAGAUAGGAAUCCAGAAAAGAGCAGUGAGGAUGAUGUCUACCUUCACACUGUUAUUCCUGCCGUGGUGGUGGCUGCUAUUUUAUUAAUUGCUGGCAUCAUAGCCAUGAUUUGCUAUCGGAAGAAGAGAAAAGGCAAGCUGACCAUAGAGGAUCAGGCAACAUUUAUCAAGAAAGGUGUUCCUAUUAUCUUUGCAGAUGAAUUGGACGACUCUAAGCCCCCUCCUUCAUCCAGUAUGCCAUUGAUUCUCAAGGAGGAAAAAGCUCCCCUUCCACCUCCUGAAUAUCCUAACCAGAAUGUGCCAGAGACAAUUCCCCUAAACCAAGACAACUUGGGGGAGUACACACCACUAAGGGAUGAGGACCCUAAUGCUCCACCAUAUCAGCCCCCUCCACCUUUCACAGCGCCCAUGGAAGGUAAAGGAUCCCGCCCCAAGAACAUGACCCCCUACCGGUCCCCUCCCCCUUAUGUACCACCUUAAUGAACAUUUUAUUAUGUGAGGGGAGAUUGGGGGCUUUGAGUUCCAAACCAGUGUUGUCCAUAGAGGCGGAUGGCCUGCAAUCUUUGGUCAGGAUGACAGAAAACUCUGCUGUUGUAAGCAAAGAAUCAAUGACUGGGAGACUUUGUUUUUUCUUUUUCUUUUUUUUUUUUCCUUUUUAUAGAAACUCCUGUAAAUGCCCUUCUCCCCCACAGGUUGUGGAACACAUAGGACAUCUGUCAUUUGCCUAACAAUUUUCAUAUGUGUGUUCAUACAAAUGUGUGCUCACUUCUAGAUAUUUAACAGAUUGCAGGCUUUCUAAAGACACUAAAGAAAAUAGGAAGUUAUUGGACUUCCAUUUAAGCACUGGGGUGGCCUUUUGGUUCUCUGCGGUUUGCCUUUAACACUAACUAUUUUAUUUUUCUUCUAUUCACGUGUGUCUAGCUACAGGACAUAACAAAACAACAACAAAAAAUAAAUCCACAAAGGUUAUGAGUGAAAUUGAUACACAAAGUCUAGAAAGACUUUCAGAAUUUUUACAUUUUUUUUUUUUUUUACGUAUAAUCUGCUGUUACCUUAUUUGUUAUAUGCAUAAGGGACAUUUUACUUUGCUUCAAAAUAACUCCAGUUGUGUUUCAAAAGUGGAAUUUUUUUUCAGU